AUGUCGCAGCGUGGAGGAGAUAAGGGUGAGAAAAGUAAUUUCUUUCGUAAAAUGUAUACCUCCAUUGGCAGUUCAUCACGACAAUUGGCGAAUCGCCAUGAAAAGGCACAACGAAGUGAUAGUACAAGUAGUGGCACGAGUAGUGGGUAUAAUCAGAGCAGUCCAAGUGAUGGUGCUACAACCAGUAGUGGUCAUAAUGGUAAUGGUCUACAAAACUAUGUGAAACAUCAUAGUUUUAACGGUCAUAUGCCUUUUUCACGAGAUGAUCCACAGCGAAUGCCCAUACCAAGUGAUCCACACCAAAGUAUUUUAUCCAAACGUCCAAGUCUUAUUGUACCAUUUUCAAACCAACAACAAGUCGGAAAUGGCACAAGUCCUAAUGCAAUGGAUGGUGUACAGACUUAUUUGGAUGAUUUCCAGGCUCCUAUCUCGAAAUCAGGUGUACUUAUUAAACAGGCAAAUCAUUUUAAAACAUGGAAGAAACGUUUGAUGGUAUUGAAAGGACAUUCGCUGUUUUAUUAUGUCUCGGGCACGUCUGGCGAGGACUCGUAUCCACGAGGUGUUAUCCCACUGCAAGGAGUUCGGAUUACGCCCAUUGACUCGGCGCGAUUCAAGCGACAAAAUUGCUUUGAGAUUUGUCAUCCGGGAUUUCGUCCUAUUUAUCUCAUGGCAAAGAGCGAGGCAGAUCUCAGUGUUUGGAUGAGCAGCUUGACAUCCGCUGCGAUGCCUACAACGGCUGACCGCAAAAUGCUUCUAGUGACAGAGCCACUAGAAUCGUUGUUUAAUACGCCAGCGCUGGAGGAUGCGGUUCCGUAUAAACGGACCUUUUACUUUCGUCAGAAGGUGGCAUUCUGUAUGCCUCGAAAAGAGGAUUCAGGGUACACGGUCGCGGAGCUUUUCGAUCUGAAUGAGAAGCGAUUGACAACACUAUGCGACUUGAACAGUUACUGCGACUCCUUUCCAAUGAUCUUGGAUGAUCCGCAGCUUUUUGUAGAACUACUGCAUGUUGUAGGUUGCUACAUUUUCCGGCCAUUUGCUCGGCUGCAGUCGACGUCUCCUGGUAAUAUCUUUGUGGAAGAGCCAAAUCCGGAUGAGGUGAGUAUGCUAGAGAAUCCGAUGGACAAAUAUUCAGAAUACACGACGGAAGAGCAGCUUUGGGGACUGCUCUCGGCAUGUUACGACCUACUGCUGAAAGCGAUCGAGCACAUUGACAAAUUGGAAAAGCAUGUGCGCAAGGAGUUUUUCCCCUUGCGAUUUAUUGCACAGCUGGUUAAUUUGUUUAAGACGCCGUCGUUUAAGGAGCGGCAGGUGUUGAAGGGAGUGCUUCAUCGACUGUACUAUAAACUCACUCAGCGACGGUCGGCUAUUCGGAAGGAAAUUGCCAACACGUUUUACGAGUAUAUUUAUGAGACGUCGAACCAUUACGGCGUGGCGGAGCUGUUGGAGAUUCUUGGUAGUAUCGUCAAUGGCUUUGCAUGCCCGAUUAAACAAGAGCACGUUGUGUUAUUGGAAAAGGCGCUAAUCCCACUGCACUCUACACCUGCCUUCAUCUCGUACCAUCAACAGCUCGCGUACUGCAUGAUUCAGUACGUAUCGAAGGACCACACGCUUUUCACUUCGAUUGUUCGCGGUUUGAUCAAAUACUGGCCGGUGGGAAACUCGUUCAAGGAGGUAAUCUUCAUCGUGGAGUUUGAGGAGAUGUUGGAGCAUGUGCUAGCAGAGACAGAUUUUGACGCGAUCUCAGUCAAACUAGCACGAAAACUAGGGCAGUGCAUGGUUAGUGAUCAGUUUCAGGUAGCUGAACGUGCGACUUCGUGUUGGAGCUCGCCGGCAUGCUUGCGCAUUAUGAACGAGUACGAGAAGUUGGGGCAAGGCAUGUUUAAUGUGAUCAAGCCAUUUCUGAAGCAGGCAGUGACAGGACAUUGGAAUACGUUGAUUCAGCAAAAGGCUCAGGAGACUUACACCAUGUACUAUAAUAUGGGUUACGACAGCGACGAGGCUGCAGCAACGUCAUCAGUACUUGUAUUGGAUGGGAAAACAUUGGAUAGCAGUGCAAAGACGGAUGAGUCGGACCUGGACGAGGACGUUAACGAAUCUACCGAGGCGAAUUUAUCGAUAGCAAUCCGUCUAUCAGCAUCAAACGCAGUAGAAUCAUUAGAUGUGGUGCUGUCGGACGAGGAGGAAGAGGAGGAAGAGGACGAAAAGCCGGACGCAUCUUAG